AUGUCUCCUCUGGCAACCACCUGUACCUCCAAAAGGGAACAGGUCUACCUCUACACUCUGUCCAUCACCACAGGCAAGAAAUGGACUUUUCUAGCUCAUGUUCACAAUGAGCAGUGGAAUGAUGUGCCUGGAUUCACCUUGCUGAAGCUCAGUCUUCAAAAAGCCAUCUACCUCUGGGACACUCUACUCCACUCAUGGAAAGUGAAUAUCAUUUUGACCCUAGGAGCCCACAAUGUAAAUAGGAAAGAGCUGAGCCAGAAGACAUUCAAUGUUGGACACUGGCUCAUCCAUCCCAACUAUUCAGGAGAUACCCUUGUAAAUGACAUCGUGCUACUGAAGAUGCAGCCCAACCUCAAGCUGAAUAAGAAAGUGAAUUUUAUCCCCUUGCCCUAUCAUUAUGAGGAUGUGCAACCAGGAACUAUAUGCAAAAUGGCUGGCUGGGGUAAAACAUCAAUAACAAAAAACACUAGUGUGCUGAUGGAGAUGGAACUGAAGGUUCAGCAUGAGGAAAUGUGUGAGAUGCCUUUCAAACACUAUAGGCCUGCACCCAUGAUCUGCACUGGUGAUGAGAAUGGCAAAAAACCAACUUUCCAUGGUGAUUCUGGUAGCCCAUUAGUCUGCAAUGGGAAGGUUCACGGCAUUGUUUCUUAUAGACACCGACAUUGCAUCUUCCUGGAAGUGUUUACCAGAGUCUCCUAUUUUGAGCCCUGGACAUGUGAAGAGCUGAGGAAGUUUAGAAUCGUAGAAUAG